AUGAAGUUUGAAGGCAGUGGUUACAGCUGUGUUGUAGCGAGUAGUUGCUGUUUACUUCAUGAGAAAGAAUAGCACGUUUUUCAUCCGUGCGCUGUCCGUGGCAACUUAGGCUGUUAUCCAUAACUAAUGCUUAACUUUGGUAUUUCGGGACUGGUUUCGGGAUUAUAGGCGGCAAUUAUGAAUGAAGAAGUUAAUCAGCGUUUCCCUUUAUUUUUGCUCUUUUGGGGCGAAGUUUCGAGGAAAUCACAGUUUUCCUGAGAUACGAAGAUAAUGACCCAUUGUACCAGCGGAUAUGAAUAAUCAAAGCUCCAUUUAAAUAUAUUAGCGAAUUGUAAAUGUUUUAACUUCAUGUGCAUGUCGUUUUUAAUUAGUUGCAAAAACAACAGUUGUGCAACAGAUGUUCACAGUCUCUGAUAUGGGGUGUCGAAUCUAACAAGGCAGAGGCGCUGUUUUACGAAAACUGAACAGGGGGUGACGGGGACUUAAGUUCUCCACUUCUUGUAGAGGGGCUUUAGGUUAUGGGUCAGCAUGAACAUUAUCCUGGACUGGUGCGCCCCCGAGAAAAGGGCAUGUAACGUUAAACAACCUGGGCAAUGCCCUCCUAUCCGAAAUUUGGAAAGGGCUGGACUUGAAAUUAACAAUAGUUUAAGUUCUUAAGCAAGAUCGCGUAUAUAUUUUAGAGACGUUUCCUACAUGUUCAUCUUGAUUAAAGAAAAACUCCCGGCAAUGGCUUCCGAAGUUGUAUGUGGACUGAUCUUCAGAUUAGUUCUCCCAGUAUGUCUAGCCGCAGCGUGCUUGUUCCGGUACAAUGGGCUGUCCUUCAUCUACCUCAUUUACCUCCUUCUCAUUCCACUUUUCGCAGAACCAACCAGGACUACAAUGCAGGGCCACACGGGGCGCCUACUGAAAUCCCUGUGUUUUACCAGUAUGACCUUUCUGCUGCUGCACAUCAUCUAUCAGAUCACCAUCAUCAGCCUACUGGCGGGGAACAGCAUUGAGCCCGACUUCAACUGUACAGCAUGGGAGAAAUCAAUACGACAACUUGGCUUCGAAAGUGUGAUAGGAGCGGACCCGGGCAACGGCAUCAGGGUGUUCAUUCCAGACAUCGGCAUGUUUGUGGCCGGGCUGGUCACAUGGCUUCUGUGUCGCAGCCCGGCGGAGAAGCCGCUCACUGAGGAGACUGCACAGUUCAACUGCGACUUUGAAACCGGCGACCAGGAAGAGAAUGAGGAGGUGGGGGAGCUGGAGGUGGAUGAUGACAUGCUGUUUGAGGAGGACUCUGAGGCAGAAGACAACUGCAGUGCCCCAGAGGGGGAGUUUGAGGAGGAGGAGCAGGAGGAAAGCACUAAGAUGAAGGUUCUCCGCCAGAUUGCCGGCGUGGCAUCCAAAGUCAAGGAAAUCAUUGGUGAUCUCAUUACCACAGCCGGAAAAGUGGUUGUAACCAUAUUGCUAGGCUUGACAGGGAUCAUGCUGCCCUCCCUGACGUCCGCGGUGUACUUCUUCGUCUUUCUGGGCCUCGGCACCUGGUGGUCUUUCUGCCGGACGUUCGACCCCCUCAUCUUCAGCUGCCUGUGCGUGCUGAUGGCCAUCUUCAGCGCGGGACACCUGAUUGUGCUCUAUCUCUACCAGUUCCAGUUCUUCCAGGAGUUCAUCCCACCACGUAACAACUACGCCAGUUUAUUUGGCAUGCCAUCCGUUAUUCAAAGUGACUGCUCACACACCUGGAAGUUUAUAGUCAACCCUCAACUGGAGUGGCACCACUUUGUCAAUCCCAUCAUGCUGUUGGUUCUGUACUACACCCUCGCCACCCUCAUUCGACUGUGGCUCCAGGAACCUGUCGGCACUGUGUCUGAGCAAGGAGAUGGGGACAUGAGAGAGCAGUCUGUAUGCAGCGAUACAGAAAACAUGUCAGAGAAGAAGUGUGACAUGUGGAGAACAGCGAACCACAGCACAGACGAAAGAAACCUUCUGUCAACUCAAGAUGGCUAUGGGACAUCUGAAGUGUUGGUGGUGACCUCCAACGGGACCCCUUUGGACUUCACCCCGUCCACCCCCAACAGUGAAAAUGGGCCUUUAGGGCUGGAUCUGUACUCCACACCGCAGUACAAAAUGGACCAUGGAGACGGGGAGUCAGGGAAGAAGGACGACAGUGUCUAUGAGGUCACCGAGGAUCGCCAGGAGAUUUCGGAGGCGGCGGAGAGCGCCAGAGCGAGCACUUUAGUCACGGUGUUCAGAUUCGUCAUGAAGCAAAGCUACAUCUGUGCUUUGAUCGCCAUGAUGGCCUGGAGCAUCACGUACGUCAGCUGGCUGACCUUCGUCUUUCUGAUAUGGUCCUGCUUGCUGUGGAUGGUGCGGGACCGGCGGAAGUACGCCAUGCUCACGUCCCCUUUCAUGGUGCUGUAUGGGAACCUGCUGCUGAUCCUGCAGUACAUCUGGAGCUUCGAGCUCGUACAGCCUGUCCCAGGGCUUUUCCUAAGAAAAGAAGUGCCCUUUCGGGAGCUGGGGUCAAAGAUACUGUGUCUCCUGAGCUUCUGGCUGCUGCUGAGACAGGCGCUGACCGAGAGGAGGGAGAAGCUGAGGGAAGAGGCCGUGCUCUCCGACGUCAGGGUGGACGCUCACAGGAAGGAGGAGGAGGAAGAUGAUGAAGAUGGUGGUGAAAAGGAUAUGGUUCAGGUCCUGGGGAAUAUGGUGAUGGCCAUGUUCGUCAAGUACUGGAUCUACAUCUGCGGGGGCAUGUUCUUCUUCGUCAGCUUCGAGGGUAGAAUCGUGAUGUACAAGAUCAUAUACAUGAUGCUAUUCCUCUUCUGUGUGGCAUUGUAUCAGGUGCACUAUGAGUGGUGGAGAAGGAUCCUGAAAUACUUCUGGAUGUCAGUAGUGGUUUACACAAUGUUGGUCCUCAUACUUGUCUACACCUUCCAGUUUGAGUCUUCUGUACAAGUGUGGUCAAAUAUGACUGGAAUGGAUAAAGAAGAGCUGGAGGACCUGGGCUUGGAGCAGUUCUCAGUGCCAGCUCUCUUCACCAGGAUAUUUAUCCCCACCUCCUUCCUGCUGGUCUGCAUCCUCCACCUGCACUACUUCCAUGAGCGUUUCCUGCAGCUCACUGACCUCAAGGCUGUUGUGGCCAAGCACGAGAGUACCAUUUAUAGCAUCAAGCAAAAAAUACCCAUCCUUCAGAAUGAGCUGGUGAACCAAGAUGGCAGCCUGGCUGACAUCACCAUGAUCAAUGCGACACUGGGCUCGGUUAAGAAAGAGAAGGAGGAGGAGGAAGGGGACAAAGUGCUACUGGAUGAUGGUGUGGAGAAGAAGAAUGAGAAGGAGGCACCAGAACAGGGCAGCAAGACCAGCGGGGGCCCAACGGAGCUGCCCACCACCCAGAGCUCAGAUCUGAAGAACAAAUGGCAUCUUGUGGUGGAUCGUCUGACAGUGCUGUUCCUGAAGUUCCUGGAGUACUUCCACAAGCUGCAGAUCUUUGUCUGGUGGCUGCUGGAGCUGCACAUUAUCAAAAUCGUGUCUUCCUACAUCAUCUGGAUGUCUGUCAAAGAGGUGUCCCUGUUCAAUUAUGUUUUCUUGGUGAGUUGGGCCUUUGCUCUCCCAUUCAGCCAGUUCCGCCCCUUAGCCUCCAGCGUGUGCACGGUCUGGACCUGCAUCAUCAUUGUCUGCAAAAUGUUGUACCAGCUGGCUUCCAUACAGCCUGUGUCCUACUCCAAAAACUGCUCAAUGCCACUAACUUACUCGCCUGGGCAGAGGAGUGAGAUGGAGAAGUCACUCCUGUACAGCAGCCCAGUGGACCCAGCCAACUGGGUGGGCCUGAAAAAGUUCUCCCCCCUUUUAGAGAACCUGAGGAACAACCUGUUGAUGUUGGCCAUCCUGGCCUUUGAAGUGACCAUUUACCGCCACCAAGAGUUCUACCGGCUGAGAAACAACCUCACCGCCCCAGCCACUAAGACCAUCUUUCACGAUAUCACGAGGCAGCACCUCGACGAUGGCAUUGUGAAUUGCGCCAAGUACUUCAUAAAUUACUUCUUUUACAAGUUUGGCCUCGAGACGUGCUUCCUGUUGGCGGUCAACGUGAUAGGUCAGCGAAUGGACUUCUACGCGAUGCUCCACGCGCUCUGCUUGAUCGCUGUCAUGUAUCGGCGGAGGAGAAAGGCCAUCGCGGAGAUCUGGCCCAAGUACUGCUGCUUCCUGGCCUGCAUGCUGACCUUCCAGUACUUUGUGUGCAUUGGCAUCCCACCAGCUGCCUGCAAAGAUUACCCAUGGAGGUUUCCAUCUUCCGCUAUGGGCUCCAAUGUUAUAAAGUGGCUCUACUUUCCUGAUUUCCACACCAGGCCCGACCCCCUUUUCCUCCUGUAUGACUUCAUGCUGCUGCUGUGCGCCUCCUUGCAGAGGCAGAUCUUCGAGGACGAGAACAAGGCGGCGGUGCGUAUCUUGGCCGGGGACAAUGUGGAGAUCUGCAGGGACCUGGACGCUGCCUCCUUCAGUCGGCAUAACCCCGUCCCUGACUUCAUACACUGCAGGUCUUACUUGGACAUGCUGAAGGUGAUCGUGUUCAGCUACCUCUUCUGGUUCGUCCUCACCAUCAUCUUCAUCACGGGAACCACCCGCAUCAGCAUCUUUUGCAUGGGAUACCUGGUGGCCUGCUUCUACUUCCUUCUUUUUGGGGGUGACCUGCUGCUCAAGCCCAUUAAGAGCAUCCUGCACUUUUGGGACUUCCUCAUUGCCUACAAUGUGUUUGUCAUCACCAUGAAGAACAUACUCUCUAUAGUCGCCUGUGGCUACAUCAAUGCCCUGGUUCCAAAAAACUGUUGGCUGAUCCAGCUGUUCAGCCUCGCCUGCACUAUAAAGGGCUACACCCGUCCUGACCCCAACCGGCUUUGCGAUCUGCCCAGCGACGAGGCGGGCAUCAUCUGGGAUAGCAUCUGUUUCGCCUUCCUACUGCUGCAGAGGCGUGUCUUCAUGAGCUACUACUUCCUGCACGUGGUGGCCGAUAUUCGCUCUUCUCAAAUCUUAGCUUCCAGAGGGGCAGAGCUAUUCCAAGCCACAAUUGUGAAAGCUGUCAAGGCCAGGAUUGAAGAGGAGAAGAAGUCCAUGGACCAGCUCAAGAGACAAAUGGACCGCAUUAAAACCCGCCAACAGAAGUUUAAGAGGGGUAAGGAGAGGAUGCUGAGCUUGGCUCAGGAGUCGGGGGAAGGGCGCAAUCUGUUCAAGGAAGAGGACGACGAUGAUGGAGAAGGAGAGAAAGAAAAAGCCAAGAGCAAAAAAAAACUGUGGUGGCGGCCUUGGGUUGACCAUGCUUCCAUGGUAAGGAGUGGAGAUUAUUACUUAUUUGAGACGGACAGUGAGGAAGAAGAGGAAGAAGAAGACAAAAAAGAAGAAGAGCUCCCUAAAAAAUCUGCUUUCCAGUUUGUCUACCACGCCUGGAUCACAGACUCCAAAACCGCCAUGAAGGAGCGGAGCCGGGAGAGGCGCAGGUUCUGGAAAAGGCACCUGGAGUCCGACGCCCCGAGGAAAGACAGGAAGGAGGUUCAUGUUGCAAUAGAAGUGGGGGAUGUGGAGGAUGAGCGGGAGAUCAGAGAGGAAGAGGAACUCGAUGGACCCGACAACAUCAUCAAGCGCGUCUUUAACAUCGUAAAGUUCACCUGGGUCCUGUUCCUGGCCAUGCUGGACAGCUUCACUGCCUGGCUGAACUCCAUAUGCCGAGAACACAUCGACAUCUCCACCGUCCUGCGCAUUGAGCGUUGCAUGCUCACGCGUGAGAUCAAAAAGGGGAAUGUUCCAUCACGGGAGAGCAUCCACGUUUAUUAUCAGAAGCAGAUGCGUAUGAAUCUGUCCAGGGAGUCCGGGCUGGACGGCAUCGACGAAUUCUCUGUGUCCGGAUCUCAGAGGGUCGUGCACAAAAAGGACAGGCUUAAAAUGGAAAGCCAGGAGUCUCGUGAUAGCUUGUCCAGCGCCUACACCGAGGCCACCAUGCUGUACUCCCACCAGUCCACGCUGGAUGACCUGGACGGAAUGUCCGAGAGCAUUCCCAAAACCAGCGAGCGCGCCAGGCCCAAGCUGCGCAAAAUGUACAACCUGGACGCAUCCAAUUCGUCUGCGGACAGCGGCGGCAGCAUUGUGUCCAGUGAGCCCACACAGUGCACCAUGCUGUGCUCUCGGCAGGGCACCGAGGACGCCAUAGAGGAAGUGGAGGAUGAGCAGGACCAGGACUCCCCCAGGGGGCAGGGGGAGGUGGGGCCAGAGGCGGAGCAGCCGGAGGGUCCAUGUUUAGAGGCGGAGGGGGAGACUUCAUGCGAGGUCCAGCUGUACUCGUCGGACACGGACGCCCCCACCACUUUCCCCACGGACGCAGACGUGCCCCCCUCCUACAGCAAAGCCGUCAGCUUCGACAGAGGCUCUGUUGGCUCAGACAAAGACGACAAGCACCUGACGGACACCGAUGCCUGCAGGUCGGACUACCUGGACGACUCCCUGCUGCCCUCCUUUACCCACGAGCUGACUGCCAGCGAGCUGCUGCUCAACAAGAUGUUCUACGAUGAGGAGCUAGAGGCCUCUGAGGGGUUUUACCAGAACCAGCCCCAGCUGCUGCAGCUCUCCUAUGCUCUCUACAACAUGCUGGUGGCGCACUCCGAGAUGGUGUGCUACCUGGUCAUCAUCCUGAACCACAUGAUCUCCGCCUCGGUGGUCACCCUGGUCCUGCCCAUCCUCAUCUUCCUGUGGGCCAUGCUGUCAGUUCCCCGGCCUAGCAAGCGCUUCUGGAUGACGGCCAUAGUCUACACGGAGGUCACCAUUGUGAUAAAAUACUUCUUCCAGUUCGGCUUCUUCCCCUUCAACCAAAAUAUAGAGUUUGACAAGUCAAAGCCUUUCCACCCUCCUAAUAUCAUUGGAGUUGAGAAGAAGGAAGGCUAUGUGCACUAUGACCUGGUUCAGCUCCUAGCUCUCUUCUUCCACAGAUCCAUCUUAAAGUGCCACGGCCUGUGGAACAAGGACGACCGCAGAGCGACGGAGAAGGUGCCCCUGCACGGCGGCGAGCCGGAGGAGGAGGAGGAGGCGCAGGCUGCAGGAGAGGGGAGGGGGUCUGCGGACAGCUCCCUCAAGUCCGUCAACCUGGAAACCUCGCUGGAGUCGGUGCACGUGCGCUUCCCCGAGCAGCGCAGGCUCGUGCGUAGGAAGAGCUCUGCCACGGGCUCCCACAUGUCCCACCGCUCCUUCCACUCCAAGAGAGGCAGUACAAGCACACGGAACAGCCACAGGAGGGCGAGCAGUGUGUUCAGUGUCCACCAGAAGAGCCGUAAGGAGCUGCUCCUGGAAAAACUGAGGGAGCAGCUGAUCAAAGCCAAAGCCUUCACUGUGAAAAAAACCCUUGAGAUAUACCUCCCCAUCCGUCAGUUCUUCUACAACCUGAUUCACCCAGAAUACAGUGCUGUGACAGACGUCUAUGUACUCAUGUUCCUGGCGGACACCGUAGACUUCAUUAUUAUUGUGUUUGGCUUUUGGGCUUUUGGGAAACAUUCAGCAGCUGCUGACAUCACAUCCUCUCUGUCAGAGGACCAGGUGCCUGAGGCCUUUCUGGUCAUGGUCCUCAUCCAGUUUGGCACUAUGGUGGUGGACCGGGCCUUGUACCUAAGGAAAACAGUCAUGGGCAAGGUCAUCUUCCAGGUCAUCCUAGUGUUUGGAAUACAUUUCUGGAUGUUUUUCAUCCUACCAGGGGUCACAGAGAGACGCUUUAGUCAGAACACUGUGGCGCAGCUCUGGUACUUUGUGAAGUGCAUAUACUUUGGACUGUCAGCCUAUCAGAUCCGCUGUGGUUACCCCACCCGAGUGCUGGGUAACUUUCUCACCAAGAGCUACAAUUAUGUCAACCUCUUCCUCUUCCAAGGGUUCCGCCUGGUGCCUUUCCUGACGGAGCUGCGAGCCGUCAUGGACUGGGUCUGGACCGACACCACCCUGAGCCUCUCCAGCUGGAUCUGUGUGGAGGACAUCUACGCGCACAUCUUUGUUCUCAAGUGCUGGAGGGAGUCGGAGAAGAGAUACCCCCAGCCUCGGGGGCAGAAGAAGAAGAAGGUGGUGAAGUACGGGAUGGGGGGCAUGAUCGUGAUGCUGCUCAUCUGCAUCGUCUGGUUCCCCCUGCUCUUCAUGUCCCUGGUCAAGUCUGUCGCCGGGGUGGUCAACAAGCCUCUGGACGUCUCUGUCACCAUCACUCUGGAGGGGUUCCAGCCUAUCUUCACCAUGAGCGCCCAGCAGAAUCAGCUUAAGGAAAUGAGUGAAUUAGAGUUCACUGAUUUUGUGAAUUCACAUAAAAUAACUCCGGGUGCAUUGCAGUUUCUGGAGGCCUACUCAUCUGAAGAUGUGACUGUAGCAGAACUGGAGGGCAGUUCGAAUUCCCUAUGGACAAUCAGUCCACCCAGCAGGAAGAACCUGAUGAAGGUGUUGAAAGAUGAGAUCACUUUUCCUGUCACCGUUACCUGGACCAUUCAGAGGAACCUGAGUUUAGGAGCUAAAGCUGAGUUUGCAACAGACAAGCACAUAGCCUAUCUAGACACAAAAACAAGAGUGGAGCUUAUAAAACUGUUAAAUGGGACCAGGCGUGAUGCUGUGGUAAUAGAACACGCCUUCCCCUGCUUCAUUCGAGCUCCCAGUGACUCCAAUGCCAAACCCAUUGAACAGCUUUAUAAAGAUGAAAAGUAUAAGAACAUCACGCUGGCCCUGGAGAGAACCCACAACAUGACAGGGGAGAUGCAGGAGUGGUGGAUCGUGGACCAGCCCGUCAAGUGUAAGAAUGAGAAGAAGCAGAAGGCUGGCCUGGAGCUGUUUGUGUUCAGUGAUAAAGUCAGCCCACCCAGCCUGGGCUUUCUGGCAGGAUAUGGGAUCAUGGGUCUGUACGCCUCUGUGGUGCUGGUGAUCGGGAAGUUCGUGCGCGAGUUCUUCAGCGGGAUUUCCCACUCCAUAAUGUUCGAGGAGCUGCCCUGUGUGGACCGCAUCCUCAAGCUCUGCACCGACAUCUUCCUGGUGCGGGAGACCGGGGAGCUGGAGUUGGAGGAGGACCUGUACGCCAAGCUCAUCUUCCUCUACCGCUCCCCAGAGACUAUGAUCAAGUGGACCAGGGAGAAGACACAGUGAGGGGCGAUGCCUCCAGACCAAGGACGCUGGAAAAACCAACCAAUGGAAACAAAAGCACAAUCCGCUGGGGCCAUGGCCGGGUCUCUUUGCAUGAUGGCCUGGCGGCAGCAAAACGGAUCCCGUUGAACCUCCACUGCCCUCUACAGCACAGACAUGACAUGACAUUUUCUCAACCUUCCUCAAAAAUCUGCAUUCAUUUUUUUCGGGUCUGUAUAGGCUGAUUAAUAUGAGCAUUUUUUACGGUGUGUCUCCAGGCAGAAUGGCGCUGCUGCUCUCCAGUUGCUCAGAUCUCUGGCCUUUUUUUCAGUUUGGAAUACAUGAACCACGGGUUGUGCAAUACGCUGCCCCAGGAGGCUGGCUGUAAACUUGAACUGACACCGUUUUUUUUUUUUUUUUUUUUUUUCACGAGAUCGUGGAAAGAUGCCCUAAUGGUGGACUGGUAAAGGGCAGCGACUGACUGAAAGACACUCGCCACUUUUUUUCUCUUUUUUUUAAAGAAAGACAGACGUUUUCUUGAAUCCGGAAAUGCUUCAGUUCUGCGGCAGAGAAAGAGAGGAGGCCUUUAAGGCACGGAAGACGACCGACAUGACUAUCUUUACAUGCCUUAUUUCGUUUGUACAGUCAACUUAUCAGUGGGUUAAAAAAGCAUAUUCUUCUCAGGAAAAGACACUUAUCAUCUCACCAAGAAGGGGUUUUUCUGCCUUCAUUGUAUAUCUCUGGGGAAUAUGCCAUAAGCAUUUCAUAAGAGUAUGCAAUUAUCUUAUGUGCAUUGUCAGGAGCAGACCUCCCAUUCUAUCUGAGCCCAAGGGAAGCCCUCUCACAGUCAGAGCAAGGGGCUAAUGCAGGUACAGAACCAUCUCUAGAGUGACUACAGUACACCUAGGGGAAGGUCCUGUGGCUUAUGAAUUAUGUUUUUCAUCUUGGAAUGCUCUUUUUUACUUUUCAUCUAAAGUAAGAAAAAAACAGAAGAAAAAAAGAAAUAAAAAUCUAACAAAACAAAAAACACUACAUUCACAGUGCUGAAUUGUGAAUGAAAAAAAAAAGAUAAACAGCUUAUCGAGGUCACACCUUAAGCAAAAUGUGAGCAAAGGCAGUCCGAACUAUGCAUUAGAAAACUUAGCAUGAAAAAAAAUAAAUUAUUGCGAUCAUUUUCAUUGUGUACACAUUUUUGGGAAAAAAGAAGCAUAAAUCUGACUGUACAGCAGCUGUAUAAUUACUGGACAUGUGGUGGAGAUUUGGCUCAGCGAACAGAAAAUAAAGCACAUGUUGGAAAGC